AUGUCCAAAACCAGGAAAGUUUUGAAGAGGAGACAACUUCUAGUGGACGUCGCUUUUACGAACGUCUUAAAACACCAAAAACCAUCGGUUUCAUUGCGUUCAAUUAACAUUAGUUUCAAUGAAGCAACAGACAACAUUCAUUGUAUUGGAGUUAAUAUCACCUACAGCAAAACGGAUUACGUUUUGUCUGAAAAUGAUGCUGAAAUCAAAAUCAAUUAUCUAAAAAAUGUUUUGGAAAAUUCCAAACCAGCUUGGAUGUCCUUUGAAAUCAUCGUAGAAUUUAUAUGUAAAAAUAGAUGUAUAGGAAUUUCCGAGUACAGAAUAUCGGCCUCGAUUUCAAAACAAAACAACACUAUUACGUAUAACAAAACCAUCCAGCAACCAGAAAUCUUUCAUGACGUCAAUAAUACGUUAUUAUCACAACUCUAUUCUAUUUUGGAUAACGAUUCAACAAGCUGUAUUUCUUUACCAAAAAAUGGUCACAUACCACCCGUCUUCUGGAUUAGAAUUCAGACCUACUGGUUUGAUAUUUUACCGAAGAGAUUUAUUUUGACCUUAUUUGGCGAAAACCUGUCGUGUUCUGGUUACAAUGAAAGAUCAAUUCAGGUUUCAUAUCCCACUUCCAGCUCAAAAGGUCGUUUUCAUGGUGAAUUACGUCACUGUCAAUUAUCCGGAACACAAAGUCCCCCCAAUUCGGGAGCACAGUGUACUUUUUUGUGCCCGUGUACUAAUCCUGUUGAAUGUAGUGAAGUGUUUGCAUUCAUGGCAGCCGAGAGACAGGUUAAAUGGAAGUUAUGCGAAAUGUCUGCAAUCUCGCUUUGA